AUGAGUGAAAAAUCACGCCUUAAUCUUAUUCUCCGAUGUGUUGCUUAUACCAAAGAGCCCAAGAUUCUCAUUCUUGUGAAUUUGUUGGAGAUGGCCUGGAAGGCAUCGGCCUUAGUACAUUCGAACGAGUUUUCUUUUUUCAUCUUGAACAACAACAUCCUAGAGAACAUUAAGGGAGAAGACACACCUGAGUUUGCUCAGGAAAUGACAGAAAUUCUAUCCAAGAUACGGAACGAUCUUGAGGGGCUUGAGAUGCAGGUGUGCUUAUGGUAUAUCGAUGCACACAAGCUGAUCGAGAAGGAGAUAGGAAAAGCAAGCCUGAGGGAAUUUAACUUGUAUAUUGGACAAGAGUUCAAAGAAAUUUUUUCCCAACUAUAUGAUAUCAGCAGUCCUUUUAAUAGCGAUAAGAAAGCUUGGUGGGCAAAGCUUCUCUCUAUUCUUGAUGCCUGCAAUUCAACAAAGACAAAUCAAAAUCAAAAUAUCACAGAAUGGACAGAAAAAUUCAAAGAAGAAUUUCUUGCCUCGGAGUAUGUUAAGUUUGUGAACAACAACAAAAUUGUUUAUACAGGCCAGAAAUUUGAAAAGAAAAAGAAGGCCAUUAGAAGAAUUCUGAUUGAGGGAGAAGACAAAGGCCAUCUCUUUGACUUCUGGAUUCUACCCCACUGUUGCAAUCUGAUGGAGCGUCUUGUUAGUUAA